AAAAAACACAUCAUUCUUGUAACACUCACAUUUCGAUUCCUUAUACCAUGUCACCCGCAAAGCUUUUCCAGCCUAUCCAAGUAGGAGAUGCCACCUUGAAGCACCGCGUCGUUAUGGCACCUCUAACUCGCUUCAGGGCUCAUGCAAACCAUGUCCCAGGUCCACAGGCAGAAACGUAUUACGCUCAGCGUGCUAGUAUGCCUGGGACGCUUUUAAUAACAGAAGCAACGUUCAUCUCUCAGAAGGCAGGCGGUUUUGACCAUGUUCCUGGAAUAUACACCGACGAUCAGAUUGCCGGGUGGAAGAAGAUUACAGAUGCAGUACAUGCAAAAGGGUCUUUCAUAUACCUUCAGCUUUGGGCAUUAGGUCGUGCCGCGGACCCUUCCAUUCUCACAAAGGAGAAUAACUCUCCUUACGUCUCUGCCUCUGGGAUCCCUUUAUCGGGAAAAUCUUUUAUCCCGCAACCACUUACUAUUUUCGAGAUCGAGGAGUAUGUGCGCGCUUAUGCCACCGCAGCUUCCAACGCCGUUCAUAAAGCUGGAUUUGACGGAGUCGAGAUUCAUGGGGCUAAUGGAUUCCUAGUUGAUCAGUUUCUACAAGACGUUAGCAACAAGCGCACGGAUGAAUACGGUGGAAGCAUCGAAAAGAGGUCUCGAUUCGCUCUGGAAGUCGUCGAUGCAAUUGCUCAAGCUAUAGGUCCCCAGAAGACCGCGAUCCGUCUGAGUCCUUGGAGUCCCUUCCUAGACAUGUGUAUGGAGAAUCCUGUUCCCACAUUUUCUUAUUUAGUGACCCAGCUCCUCAAGUAUCCUCUUGCGUAUGUUCAUGUUGUCGAGGCGCGCCACAACGGAACAACAGAAUUUUUGGGAGCCGCAUCGGAUUUAAAUGAUUUUAUCCGAGAUAUUUGGGGUGAUCGACCAUACAUCAGUGCUGGAGGAUAUGAUAGAGAAGGUGCUUUACGACGGGUUGAAGACAAAGGCGGCUUGAUCGCAUUCGGGAAAAAAUAUAUACCCAAUCCAGAUCUCCCCUUCCGGUUGUUGAAGAAUUUACCUCUCACCGCGGAAGACAGAGAGACCUUUUAUCAGCCAGGUAACUUGACUCCCUCGGGCUAUACGGAUUUUCCUUUUGCCGGGGAAAUUGUGAGCGAGGAUAAGCUGUGACUAAUAUGAUAUAGCCGGGGGCUUGGAUGUUAUUGGCAUAGACUCGCCUUUCAGACCUUAUGACAUGCUAUGAACGAUUUUUAGAAAUUGUGAAGGAACCAAGUAGCAACGAAGGUUCCGCUGUUGUUUUCUCUUGUCUUUACAACAAGUGAUCGGACCAUCCCUUAUAAUUCACCAACUUCGGCAUCAUACAGAUAGAUUUCAACUGGAUUUACGAUACCACGAAACAUGGCAUAGCGACUAGAACCAUGUGUGGCAUAAUACAGCAAACUCGGAAACUACCAGAAAGCCUUCUUUGAAGAAACCAUAUCUCUUCUGCAUUUCACGACGUCUUCGAAGCACUUGCACUCUUGGCCGAGCAAUUGGUUGUGCUGACGCCUAUUUCUCCCUUUGGGGGUUUAUUAUGUUGGCUUUUCAUUACGUCCAUCUUAGCAACUUUUACUAUCAUUUUCAUUGGUCAUCAAAUUACCAGGUGAAAAUGGUCCCUGCGAAAGACAUAUAGUGUUGGCCCCCCAUCUCUUUUGGCGCAAACAACAUACAAGUGGGUAAACACGGGGAAAUGCAUCCGAUUUGAGGAUAAGUGUUGAUUGCUCUUUCUGCGGACAUAGAACACCAUGCUGCAAUGUCCACUCCUACCGGAUUUGUUCCUUUCGUCGAACACAUACUAAGAUCCGUGUUAGUAUUGUAACUUCAGCCGUAUUGAUGCCAGGACUUGUGGCAUUCGAGAGAGCAGGUCAGCUAGGUAGGGAUGAGUGCUUUCUGCCCCGGAAGGAGCUGGAUGUCGAAUAUACGAUCGUU